UCCAAACGGCUCCUUGUCGGCGUUAAGUUGUCGCUUGGAGCCGCGAGCGCGUCGCGUCAAAAGCGGCGCUUUGGGAGCGCCGAGCCGCGAGUUCAACCUCGAGUUGCAGUAUCGGCAGCAGCAGCCGUCGGUAGCGGCCAUGGGGCAGCAGUAUGUGAAGCCGGCAUCUUCGGCACGACACACCACGCUGAGCGGCCACCGCUACGGACGCCGGCACGCGUACGUUGGCUUCCGGCCCGAGCGGGUAGCCCCCGACGCCGAGACGGCAACACCAGCGUCGCCUCAUCCGCCGUCACCGCCCCGUGACGGGAUCUCUACAUCUCCCGCUGCCACCGCCACCACCGCCACCACUGCGUCACACGUGAGACGAGGGCGCGACGAGUCAGAUCUGCGGGGUCGCUGCUACGCCGGCGAGCAUCCUCGCGGUCAAUACGACAGCGACGAAGAUUGCGAGCUCGCCGUUAACAAGCGGGAGCCUACUCGACGCUCCACUCGCAGCAGAGUCGCGAGGGAUGGAGCUACCGCCGCUGCUGCUGCUUCUGCAGGCGCAGCUGCUGCCGUUACUGGUGGCGCUAUCCCGAAAGUCCGAGAGAAAUGUAGCAAGCGCAGCAGAUCUUCAAACGAAGACAGCAGCAGCGGUUGUGACGUUUCUGGUUUCAGGUCGAUGUUUGAGGCGGCUGUUGCUGCUGCCGCCGCCGCUACCGCCACAACUGCUGCUUCGGAGGAACGUCCGGAGAAAGAAGCGGGAAGUGGCGGCGAAGCGGGACGCAGCUUCCAGCAAACAAGACAAGGUGCUGGUGAAGCAAGUAGCGGCCGAGAAGCGAGACGCGGCAGAGAGAAGGGGGGUUUCAGGGAAACCAGAAGCUGUAUGGAAGCAAGAAGCAGCAGCAGGGAUGCAAGGGACGGCAGAGUUGGGAGAAGCAGCUGUGGACGAAUUGGAGGCACAAAGAAAGAGAGAAACGUCCGAGAAUCGAGAAGCAGCAGCAGAGAGGAAAGAAAUAGCAACGGGGAAGCGAGAUGCAGAAUCGGAAACGCGAGCACUGUUGGGGGAAUCGUAAGCGGCAGUAGCAAAGGAGAGAGAAUUGUUGGCGAUGGACAACGCUGCAAGAUGAAGAUGAGUACUAGGGCAGCAAGAAGCAGCAGUAGGGAAACGAGAAGCAGGAGCAGAGAAGUCAACAUAAGCAGAAAAAAGAGACGCAAUGCAAACCCAAGAGGCAGCAGCAGAAAAGCAAGAGGCGGCGAGGAAGCGACAAGCAGCAGGGGAGAACGAAGCAGUGGGGAUGAUGAAAGCAGCGGGGAAGCGGGGAGCAGUAACGGGGAAGCAAGAAGCCGAGGAAAAGCGAGAAGCUGCAGGAAAAAGAGAAACUUUGAAGGAAUCGGAAGCAUUGGAGAAAUGAGAAGCAGUCGUGGAGAAGCCAGAAGCGGCCAUGGUGAAGCAAGAAGCGGAGGGGAAGCUAGAAGCAACGGGGCUGCCGACAGGGACGGAUCGGCAUCCAUCUUGUUGUCCCUGCUCACUCCGUGGGCUCAGAUGUCGCCCGAGUCGGACAGAGACAGCAGUGGAGUGGAGGAUGGCGACGGGCGCGACUCGGACAACUCGAGCUGGGAGACGUUCUCCCUCUCGGAUCAGCGGGUCCCCUUCAUCAGCGGGAGCAGUAGCAGCAGCAGCAGCAGCAGCAGCAACAGCAUCUCCUACAUGGACUACGACUACGAUGACGCCGAUGAUAUCAUCGAACGGGGCCACAUCAUCAUGGAUGACUUGGAUGACUUUGAUGAUGAUGAUGACGACUACGAUAACAACUUGGCUCUCUUGCUCGCGAUCAACAGUUACCACCGUGCUUUGCAACCCUUCCUGCAAAUGUCGAGCGUUGACGGCUCCUUGGAGGAGCUCUUCAAUGGCGACGACUACGACGGCGACGAGUCGGAGGGAGAAACCACGUCCGUGAACGACGCCUCCUUCGUCGAUGUCGGCGCCCUCGCCGAAGAAGGCUUGAGGAAUCUCCUGCAGCGGCCGCCACCGUGGGUGCUGCGUGAAGAGGAGCUGCGCUUGAGCGGCGACGACGGUGACGACGAAGGCGAUGGUGGUGGCGCCGACCGCGAUGAUGAUGAUGAUGCUGAUGACGGUCACGGUGACGAUGAUGACGAUGAUGCCUCGGAGGGGGAGGCCUUUUUCUUCAAUUCCGCAGACACGGCAAUGGCCACCAACGAGUUUGUGUCCGACUUCAGUCUGGAAGCCGAGGUCUUCAACCCGGGACGUUUUCCUCUCUUGCCUUUGGAAGAUCGGCUGUCUGCCAUUGAGAGUAUCGUUGCUAACCUGAAUACCCUCAUCGGCGACGUCACUGGGAUUCAAUUCCAGCCUACCCCGGCCUCCAGCGAGCUCACGUCGAGUCUGCCUGUCUUCUUCAUCAAUGACGAUGUAUUGGAGCAGAUCUGCACCAUUUGCUGCAGCGAGUUUGUGCGCACAGAUCAAGCCACUACCUUGCCCUGCUGCCAUCUCUUCCACACGUCCUGCAUCGAGCAGUGGCUCAAGAAGUCUGCCACGUGCCCCGUGUGCCGUUACCACCUGGAGGAGGAGGCUGCCGGGUCAACGCCGUCCCCUGCGCCACAUUACAGAGGAACGGGUCAAAGGUUGUGACCCCCCCCACGACCCGUACCCCAUCUCCGUUCUCUCUGUCCACAAACUGUCGUGUUCCCAUCACCGCGAGCUCGCCCACUCGCUCGCCCACUCGCUCGCCCACUCGCUCACCAACUCGCUCACCCACUCGCUCAUUCUAUCAACUAAACUACAGUAGAAACUAAACAAAACUUUUUUAGCAGGUCAGGCCUACUGAGCUAUGUGGCUCUUUUUCAGAAACGACCUGGCCACAAAUGAUACCUCAACGCGAAGCGGCUUCUCACGUGGGACAUUUAUAGCAGCCAAUUACUCCAAACGCGUGACGUUGAUUCUCCUCGCACACUCUUAACCUAACCCAGAAGAAAAACCAAAAUAGAAUAACUUUAUCGGUACAGAUGCUCCCACAAGGCCAUGCGGGGAGGGCGUGAGGCACAGUGUUGCUGCCAGCUAUCGUAGAGUGCGGCGGUCGUGUCGCUACAGUUCUCUGCGGUGAGUAACGUCUUGAAAAAUAAAACCCGACGCUAUGCCUCUAAGUAAAAUUAGCGCUGAAUCGCUUGCGCGUUUCCAAGAUUCAGCGGUGAAGCGGGGACACCCCACCCUGCAACUUGCAGUCAUCUGGGCCACGGGAGAGGGGUUAACCCACAGCACUCGCCCGCAGCACUCGCCUGUCCCUUCACUCACCUUCUCACUCUCGCAUGCCCUACACUCGCAUGCACUCGCUCAAACCCUCGCGCACCAACGCAUGCUCUCUCACACACACGCGUAUUAGCGCUCGCUGGAGUGCUCGCGCACACAUUGCCACGCCGACUGGCGCGCAACUGACUUGCGUAAAACAUCCACUCGCUCAUCGCCCCCAAGCGGAUAAAACGGCUGGGGAUUAAUAAAACGAGCACAUCUUGUGUACGGAGCUUGCGUUUAUCAAUCAAACUUUAUUUAAUGCAGCGGGCGCCCCCUUUGCGAUAAAGCAACCCCAACGCUUUACAUGUAACAUUGCAACAUAAUAAUUAAAGGUACACAAACUUUCAAACAAUUAUUCACGAUUAAAAAUCUAUGAAAGGGAUUAUAAAAUACAUAGUUUGUCAAUUUUGUAUCGAGUUAAUUUGUUUGUUCCCUGUAUCAGAUGUUGUUCAUGAUGCAUUCCACUUGAGCACAACGUCGAUCAGCACCCUGCCCCUUGAACACCCUACACACUGCACCAUGAACACGCUCCAUGCUGCACCACGAAACCCUACACACUGCACCACGAACACCUUACUCCCUGCACCACGAACACCUUACACCCUGCACAAUAAACACCCGACGAUCUGCAGAAACCGGACUGCCAAUGUUGAUACUCGGACUAUGAACCCCCCCCCCCCGGUCCUCGUCAUAGGAGCGUAGAAUUUCCGGCAUUUGAUUUGGGGGGUGCCGACGGACCGUUAUCCCAAUGCAAACCGUUGGCUUUGUUGGCGCGUGGGAAUUAUUUUUGACGCACUGCCGUUCGUGUAAGAUGCAUCCACCUUGCAAAUCCAAGACCGUGGCGUACAAAAAUACGAUUGCGGAAUGGUCACUUGUUUUUUUGAAUGUCUUGUAUAUAAUUAAUGUAAGAACGCCCGUGUAUAGUUUUGUGUUUAUACCUUUGGCAAAUGUUGCCACAACGGCGAAGCCGUGUGCAACGUGACGAAACAGAAUCGUUUGCUUGGCGGAAGACGUGAAGUUUCGCUCGCCCGAUUUGCUCGAGGCUUUAAAAAGUGAACGGAAUACUUUUGUGUUUUCAAACGCGUGCACGUUAUUUGCUUGCAUGUUUUGACUUUUGGAGUGUCCACUGGCCAGAGGUCGCCCGGCUCUCACGCGGCGCUGGUCAGCUGCCUAAUCGUCCCUUCGGGGUCGACUUAAAGCGAGUGUCAACGGCGGAUGGACAGCCACGCGGGACGACCCCUUGCCAAAAAAAAUUCCCUUGGGGUUUUCCCGCCGCUGGCUCGUGGUGGCCACGUGGAGGUGAAUUCCACUCCGUUCUCACUGCCGCAGUGCGACGUUGGCUGCUGCGCUGGUGAGAUGAUUGUAUUAUAAUUGUUGAGAACAAAUAAAGAACUUUUUUUAUCUG